AUGGCUCUUUGGAGACCUUACCUUGACGACUUGCACUUGGAUUCUUCCAAGACCGCCGAAGAAAAAAGUGCUUCUGGAGGCAACGCUUCAUUAUGCCACGAGCCUUUGGUUCCGGCUUCACCACAAAAGAAUUCAGUUUCUUAUGUUGAAGCUUCAGAGCGCAAAGUCGUAAUGACAAUGGUCGAAAAGAACACCGAGAAGCCUGUAGAAAAUGCGAGGAUGCGUCGAAUGGUUCGUUCAACAAACCCAGACGCAUCGAACGAAGUGUAUAAAAAGCAAAGGGAGAAAAACAAUCUCGCUGCAAAGCAGAGCCGGCACCGAAGGAGGAUGAAGGAAAUUGACCUCGGCCUACAAGUGACAAAUUUAAAAAAGGAAAUUGCCAUAUUGAAGGCUGCGCUGAAUGCCAGAAUUUGCAGCCAGUGUAAAUAA